AUGUCGUCGUCGAUAGCGAUCCCCAAACGCAAGCAGGCUGUGUUCAGUGGCUCUGGCUUUGCUUCUGCGUCGUCGUCGUCUUCAGCUUCUCCUCAUCCCAGCUGGGCCAACAGUGCUGCCUCUCCUUCAUUCUCACCUUCGUCUCUGGCUUCGUCGUCUGCAUCGCUAUCCUCGUCGUCGACUCCAUCGUCAAUGGCCCGCUAUGCCGAGAGGAGACCUUCACUGCUUGGUGACUCGCUGUCCAAGUCCGAGUACACUGUCGUCAACAUUGGCGGACCUGAGCACCCUCGUUUGAUCACAUGUAUCAAAACCUCUCAAGGCUUCGACUGGAACCAGGACAUCUUCCUCCCUUCCUACCUCGACUACGACUCGUCAGACCUCGAGCACAGACCCGAUCCCGUGCAGGAAAUCAUUCUCACCGAUGAGGAGGCUGCAGCCAUCCUUCCCAAGUAA